UCGGGGGAGGGAAACGUCGCGCUGUGUCACGUGACGGGUGCGUCGGGCGUUGGCUCCUCCCUCGCCAAGAUGGCGUCCCUGCUGCAGUCGGAGCGGGUUCUCUAUCUCGUCCAAGGAGAAAAGAAGGUUCGGGCCCCGCUCUCUCAACUCUAUUUCUGCCGCUACUGCAGUGAGCUUCGGUCGCUGGAAUGUGUGUCGCACGAGGUGGACUCACAUUAUUGUCCCAGCUGCUUAGAAAACAUGCCAUCAGCUGAAGCCAAGUUAAAAAAGAACAGAUGUGCCAACUGCUUUGACUGUCCUGGGUGCAUGCACACCCUUUCUACCCGAGCAACAAGUAUCUCCACACAGCUUCCAGACGACCCAGCCAGAACCACCGCCAAGAAAGCCUAUUACCUGGCCUGCGGGUUUUGCCGAUGGACGUCCAGAGAUGUGGGCAUGGCAGACAAAUCUGUAGCUAGUGGUGGUUGGCAAGAACCAGAAAAUCCUCACACACAGAGGAUGAACAAGUUGAUUGAAUAUUACCAGCAGCUUGCUCAAAAGGAGAAGGUUGAACGAGAUCGCAAGAAGCUUGCACGGCGAAGAAAUUAUAUGCCUUUGGCUUUUUCGCAACACACUAUUCAUGUAGUGGACAAGUACAGUCUUGGAACCAGGCUUCAGCGACCACGAGCUGGUGCAUCCAUUAGUACACUUGCUGGACUUUCCCUUAGAGAAGGAGAAGACCAGAAAGAGGUAAAGAUCGAGCCAGCUCAGGCCAUCGCUGAAGUAGAGCCUCUGCCUGAAGACUAUUACACGCGACCAGUGAACUUAACAGAGGUGACUACCCUCCAGCAGCGCCUCUUACAGCCUGACCUACAGCCAGUCUCUGCCUCACAGCUUUAUCCUCGACACAAGCACCUUCUGAUCAAACGGUCCCUGCGCUGUCGGAAAUGUGAGCACAACUUGAGCAAGCCAGAAUUUAAUCCAACAUCUAUUAAAUUCAAAAUCCAGUUGGUUGCUGUCAAUUAUAUUCCAGAAGUGAGAAUCAUGUCGAUCCCCAACCUUCGCUACAUGAAGGAGAGCCAGGUCCUCUUGACUCUUACAAAUCCAGUGGAGAACCUCACCCAUGUGACUCUGUUGGAGUGUGAAGAAGGGGACCCCGAUAAUAUCAACAGCACUGCGAAGGUGGUGGUGCCUCCCCAAGAGCUCAUCUUAGCCGGCAAGGAUGCAGCAGCAGAGUAUGAUGAGCUGGCAGAGCCCCAGGACUUCCAGGAUGACCCUGACAUUGUAGCCUUCAGAAAAGCCAACAAAGUAGGCAUCUUCAUCAAAGUCACCCCACAGCGUGAGGAAGGGGAAGUGACCGUGUGCUUCAAGAUGAAACAUGAUUUUAAAAACCUAGCUGCCCCCAUCCGCCCGAUGGAAGAAAGUGACCAGGGCACAGAGGUCAUCUGGCUCACUCAGCAUGUGGAACUGAGCUUUGGCCCUCUUCUUCCUUAAAACAAAGCUACCUGGUGGGCCGAUCCCACCCACAGCUGUGUCAACACAACUCUUAACAGUGUGGAAGCUGCUGCUUCAUCAGUCGUGUUUAUAAAGAUGUACCCAUCACUACUGAAUCCUGUGGCGUGGAGGACAGGCCAGGGUUGGGAGCACAGGGUAACUGCUGUUGACACCAGGAAGCCUGUGUCUCUGAGCCCUGCACAUUGAGUAACAGCAUAGCUCCAUCCAGUACAGGAGUGGCUGCUCCUCGGAGGGGUGUUAGAUUUACUCCCUAAGAAAUGUGCUGUGUGCCUGUCACAGUUUGACAGGAAACCUUAGGGUAGUGAUCCAGAGCAGAUCUUGUCUUCGUGUCGCAGCAUUGGUCUCGGAGUUCCAACGGCUUUCUGCAUUCUGCUAAGGAUAACCUGUAACCAUAACCCUUCAUAGCCUUGGCUCUCAUUUUGCCACUGGUUUCCAUUUGACAGAGUAAUAGGACUGUCGGUGUGUCUUUAACUUUGUGAUGACAGGGCAGCCUGUCACUUUCCUAAGGCACUUUGUUUCUUCAAAAGGAACACAGUACACCUGUCACAUGCUUGUCAUUUUCCUCACUAGUAUAUGGGACUUUUAAGAAUUUGAGCGGCAAGCAAUUACACAUCAUGAAAUUCCAUUUAUUUUAAUAUUACCACAACACCCAGGGGCUAACGCUGCUGGGGGAGACAGCCUUUAUGGAUCUCACCAUCUGCCCUUCUCUAGUCUGUUUCCUGUUUGUUUGUUUGUUUUUCAGAUAGGCUUGCUCCAUGUAACUCUCACUGGCCUGGAACUCAACCUGCUAGGAUUAAAGAUACUUGCCACCAUGCCCAGCUCGCCGCCCUGUUCUAUAAAUCAAGGGAUUGCUCUAACGUUGGGCCUUUAAACUAGACUUUUAGCAUGAUCCAAACUAAUGUUCUUUCCGCUGAGUUGAAGGGCAAAUUAACUGUCAAUCCUUUAAAUUCAAACCUGGACACAAAGAAAAAGAAGCCUUCCCUUCAUGAAUAUAAGACUUCUUGUGCUGUGUGAAGUGAGACCAUUUUGAUUGUAAGCCAUAGAAGUUCAGCAAGUAGCCAGGAUGCCAGCCCAACUCUAGACUUGCUGUUUUUCUCAAAUCCUAACAUUGAGUAGCAAACCUUAAUUUCUGUGAUGUUUUCUAAAAUCAAAGUUGACAGAGUAGACCAGCUGCACUUUUCCUAGUAUGUGGCCAACAGACCUUGGAAGAAGAAGUUCCUGUUUACAAACCCUGCUUUGGUCUUCAUUUUAAAUCUCUGGGGUUUUGUUUUGUAUUAAAGAAUGUA